UGGGACGGGAUGUGUCAGACAUGGCGACGUGUUAUCCAAAUUGUUUUUGAUAUUUUUAAUUGAAGAAAAUAAUUAAUCAAUUUGUAUUGUUUGUAAAUUUGUAAAUAGAUCAGUGCGUUUGUAAAAUUGGGAAAAUAGGAGGGAAAGCAAAAUGAGUUACAAUCACACAGGACCCCGAAGAGCGAAAAGGAUAUUAGAUCCUUCGUCAGGAUUGACGACACCACCUCCUCAACCUUCAGCGAUGCCACAGAAUCCCUACAUGUAUAAUCAACAGGUGCCUAUAAAUAAUGGAAUGCCGACGGAUUAUGGUUUCAACAUACCAGAGCAAAGUACCCCAUAUGGAUUUACAACACCACCACCUACAAUGCAAAAUCCAAUGCAUAAUCAAAUGCAGAAUCCAGUUCAAAAUCCAAUGCAUAAUCCAAUGCAACAACCUAUGCAGUCGCCUAUGCCGCCUUAUUCGACUCGUGAUCCAAUGAAGGAAGGAUUUCCAACUCCUCAAUUUGCGACACAACUCCUCGCUGAACCAAUGGUCGCAAAUAUUGCGGCACAUUACGGAAAUGCCUUAGUUGGCUCAGGGAAGCAACACAUUGAGAAAUACGUUCCUGUCAGUGCUUUGAGAUAUUAUUUCGCCGUUGAUACGGAUUACGUUCUCAUGAAAUUAACUCUUCUCCUAUUUCCAUUUACGCAUAAAGACUGGUCUGUAAAAUACGAGCAAGAUGGACCGUUGCAGCCACGUUACGAGAGAAAUGCGCCAGAUUUGUACAUUCCUACAAUGGCGUUUUUAACAUACGUUGUACUAUCAGGAUUGGCGUUGGGAACACAAGAGAAAUUCACGCCAGAACAAUUGGGCAUAAUAUCAAGUACAGCAUUGGCUUGGGGUGUUAUAGAGUUAAUUGUUCAUACAAUAACACUUUACAUAAUGAAUUUGGACACGAGUUUACGAACAAUGGAUCUAUUAGCCUAUUGCGGUUAUAAAUACGUCGGAAUAAAUAUCGCACUCGCAGCAUCAUUAAUAUUCCGUAAAUUCGGUUAUUACUGUGUCCUAAUAUACUUUGGUAUUUGCUUAGCCUUCUUUCUCGUGAGAUCAUUAAAAUUAAGAGUCAUCCCGGAAGGACACACGUCCUAUACAGCGACGGGAAAUAAAAGACGACUCUACUUUAUAUUAUGUCUCGCUGGACUUCAACCAUUUUUAAUGUGGUGGCUGUCUUAUCAUCUCAUCUCUUAAAUUCCAAUCGAGUGGAAUAUACAUUUUUUUUUCUUUUGUUCCCGAAAGAAAAUAACUUUUCUCUGGUUUGUUUUCUAGAGAGAAAGAGAGAGAGAGAGAGAGAGAGAGGGAAUUUUGCUGAGGUAAUUCACCUUUGUGCAUUUUUUGUAAUAAAUAAUUAUUGUAAAGUUACGAGUGUACUACUAUGAUUAACAAAGAAAAACUGAUCAAUCACUUUGUUAUGUAGUCUAUUUUUGGUAUGUAAAACGAUCUCAACGAUUUAAAAAAAAGAACUUUUUAUUUUGGUUCAAAUUUUUUUUCGCGAACAUCAAAUAUAAUUGUUUCGUCUUAAUUGCGUCUAAUUAAUUGUGGGACUAAAAUGUGACUGUUUAAAUCAAAAUUUUUUCAAUUUUACUAAAACAAAAAUUUAUGUAAGUCUCUAGCGAUAUGGCAGAAGGAUAAUAAAAUCGUCGGUUUCUAAGAA